AUGGCCACGGGAGGGGAGAGCAGCGGCGGCAGCCCUGGGGAGCCAGCCCCCUGGCUCAAGGACACGGUCCGGCCCGCCCUGCUCCUCGCCAGCGCCUUCUUCCUCUGCCUGUGGGCGAGGAGGCGCCUGAGGCCGCAGAGCGGGAACCCGCCUGGUCCCUUCGCCUGGCCCCUGGUGGGUAACGUCCUGCAGCUGGGCCGCCUGCCCCACCUCACCUUCUGCAAGAUGGCCCAGCGGUACGGCGACGUCUUCCAGCUGCAGCUGGGCCGGCGGGCCGUGGUGGUGCUCAACGGCGAGGCCGCCAUCCGCCAAGCCCUGGUGCGGCAGGGCGGCCAGUUCGCCGGCCGGCCGGACUUCCCCUCCUUCCGCCUGGUGUCCGGCGGCCGGAGCAUAGCCUUCGGCCGCUACAGCGAGCAGUGGCGAGCCCACCGCCGCCUGGCCCACGCCAGCAUGCGGGCUUUCUCCACCGCCAGCGGCCGCAGCCGGCAGCUCUUCGAGCAGCACGUGGCGGCAGAAGCGCGGGAACUGAUCCGGGGCUUCCUGCGGCGGGGCGCCGGCGGCGCCUACUUCGACCCGUGCCCGCUGUUCACGGUGGCCAACGCCAACGUGAUCUGCGCCCUGUGCUUCGGCCAGCGCUACAGCCACGACGACGGCGAGUUCCGGGCGCUGCUGGGCCGCAACGACAAGUUCGGGCAGACGGUGGGCGCGGGCAGCCUGGUGGACGUGCUGCCCUGGCUCCAGGCCUUCCCCAACCCCGUGCGCCGCGUCUUCCGCGACUUCCAGGCGCUCAACCAGGAGCUGCACGACUUCGUUAGGGCCAAGGUCGCCCAGCACCGGGGCACCUACGACCCGCGGCUCACCCGGGACAUCAGCGACGCCGUCAUCGCCAAGAUCGAGCAGGGCGGCGGCGGGGCGCAGGAGGGGCUCAGCCGGGACUACGUGGAGGGCACCAUGACCGACAUCUUCGGGGCCGGCCAGGACACCACCUCCACCGCCCUGUGCUGGGUCCUGCUGCUGCUGCUCAAGCACCCGCACCUCCAGCGCCAGCUGCAGGCUGACCUGGACCGCGUGGUGGGCCGGGACCGGCUGCCCACUGCCGAGGACCGCGGCUGCCUGCCCUACCUGGAAGCCUUCAUCUACGAGACGCUCCGCUUCAGCAGCUUCGUGCCGGUUACCAUCCCGCACGCCACCACCGCCGACGUGGUGCUCCAGGGCUUCCGCAUCCCCAAGGACACGGUGGUCUUCAUCAACCAGUGGUCGGUCAAUCACGACCGGCACAAGUGGAAGGACCCCCACCUCUUCAACCCGGCCAGGUUUCUGGACAGAGAGCAGAAGCUGGACAGGGACCUGACCUGCAGCGUCAUGAUCUUCUCCAUCGGCAAGAGAAGGUGCAUCGGCGACCAGCUUGCCAAGCUGCAGAUCUUCCUCUUCACCGCCAUCCUCCUGCACCAGUGCACCUUCGAGGCCAACCCGGCCGAGCGGCUCACCAUGGACUGCAUCCACGGGCUGGCCCUCAAACCUCUGCCCUUCACCGUCUCGGUGAAAAUGAGAGACACCCCUCAGAGCUGCCGGGCUGGGGAUGCCCAGUGA